UUAAAGGGAAAUGAAACAAAUGAUAAAAUAAGCAUUCCUCUUUACAUAGUUGUUCCACUAACCGUUGAAAGUUUUGUCUGUGGCCCUGAGCACCAAGCUGUCAUAUCCAACCCGGGCAGUAAAACACUUCAGCCCAAUGCAUCAAUAGAUUAAAACAAUUCUGUAUUUUCAUUCAUUCAUUCAUUCAUUCAGUCAUUCUUCUGGAUAAACUCCACCGGAUUUAUUUUGAAAUGCAGUCAAGAGCGAUGCUGGUAAAAAUCUGUUCGCGGUAUUGGAGGAUAUUGAGCCACCCAGAAUCAUUUCUAUGCUGCAUUGGUCUAUCGUGCUCCUCUGACGAGAUGUGAUAGGCUGUAGCGUACUGUUGCCUUGAUAAUGUAUCCCUCUGCACUGGUUGUCCAAAAUUACAUUUUAUCCAGGUCUAAUAGCUCGCUAUAGAAAUGACCUAGCAUCAGGCAGAGAUUUCGUAAGGUAGCCUAUAACGACGUAGCCCAUUUUUCAUGGUUUAAAUGCAGGUUAUUUUCCGCGUUUAUUAUGUUUCCAUCUUGUUAUUCUAACUUGCCCAAAAACGGCGCUUAUGCAAACACGUCUGUCACUAAGGUGGCCGUGGGAGUGUUCGUCGUGUAUGUACUGCAUACCUGCUGGGUCCUUUACGGAUUUGUUUAUACAAAACCCUGUGACACCAGAGGUGACAGCUGCAUUACCCCGUAUUUUGCUGAGAACCCUCAGCUGAGCAUUUUCGUAACAUUAGAUCCCAGCGAUGUGGAAGGACACAGCCUGCUCCAUCAGGAGAACGAGUUUGAUAUCUUCACUAAAUUCGAGAGAAAAGUGAACGUGCCACUCCCAAAGGCAACCAGAAGCAACGGAACUUUGUUCGCAGUAAUAUAUGUGCAUAGUGGUAGUGGCGCUCCUUGGGAGGAUAGCCGGCAUGCGAGCUAUGCAACCCGGCUCACCUCUUACACAACACGACAUCCACCUGGCAUGACCGCUAGCCUGAGUGAAGACACUGCACAGGACGAGGACGAGGAGCAGCAGCCGGCUCCUGGUUCUGUGUCACCUGCGCCCGUCUCCCUCUGGCACUCCCGUCUCUGCCUCAGCAUCAUGGCGGAGAAGUUUAGCUUCAGCAAAGGGGCUGUGCCUAGUGAUGUACGGCGCUAUAUGAAAGUGGUGGAAGAUGAAAAAAAGAAGAUGUAUUUGCCCUUCAUGGUUGUCGAUGAGUUGCAGAUCAGAAUGAAGGACUUUCUUGAGAUAAAUGAGUCUACCACAGAAGUCCAUUUGACUGUAACCUAUGAAAACAUCUCUCUAAGGAAAUUUAGAUUGUGGAGCCAUAUGAGAGAUGUAGUCUAUUCUCUAAAACAUUUUGGAUUUACAGAGCAUCAGGUUGAUGAAUUCAAAGGUGUGAUUACGGACACAAACGUAUACAUAUUGGCUCUCACCAUUUUUGCAGCUAUACUUAAUCUUCUGUUUGAGUUCCUUGCUAUUAAAAAUGACAUCAGCUUCUGGAGGAAGAAAACUACCAUGGCUGGCAUGUCUAAAAGAUCAGUGUUGUGGCGCUGUUUCAGCACACUGGUGAUUUUCCUCCACCUGCUGGUGAAGCAGACAAACUGGCUGCUCCUCAUCCCCACUGGAGUGGGAGUGGUGCUUGAGCUUUGGAAACUUAAGAAGGCUUUCAGCAUCCAGGUACAAUGUUACAGCCAAGUCAGUAUACCUGACAGAUCACAGACCAUCACCAUGACACGCCAGAAUAUCACCAGAGUAGACAACGGGGAUAUCCUUUUGAUUACUUCUGCUAUGGGGAUGAGAUUCCUGUCAUAUCUGCUGUGUCCUGUUUGCAUCAGUGGAGUCACUUACUCCCUCUUGUACUUGAAGAACAAAAGUUGGUAUUCUUGGUUUCUCAGCAGCCUCAUUACGGGAGUGUAUGCUUUCGGCUUUCUCUCUGGAUGUCCUCAGCUCUACGUGAACUACAAGUUGAAAUCGGUUGAACAUUUACAGUCUUCAAUUUACAUGUAUAAGGGGUUGAGUACCUUUAUCAAUGACAUCCUCAGCACAGUCCUCACGGUGCCAACCCACCCUCUGGCCUGCUUCAGGGAUGAUGUCAUCUUCCUCCUUCAUCUUUACCAGAGGAGACUGUACCCUGCCAGGAAAACCCGCGGUCGAGAAUACGGAGCAUGCUGCAGACAGAGACUGAAAGGGAAACCUCAUGAGGAUUGAGUGUCCCCCUUGAGAAGGAGAAGGAGGCCGUGCUGAAGUCUGAUUGUUCAGGAUCUUACAAGAAGUAUGACUGGAGUAUGA